AUGCGUGGGAUGUCGGCGGGCGAAGGCGAGGCGAAGCCCGCCCGAUCUGACGCGAAACCCUUCACUGCCAUCUACCACAACAACUUUUUGCAUGAUCGGCAGGAGGAGGAGACGUUCAAGAUCUUGAUCGAUGUCAUCCGAAUGCGGCAGGAGGAUCACUACAAUCUGGAGUGCAAGUCCACCCGCUCACCCUCCACACCCGCCCUCUAG